GUCUUGCAGCAGGACGCACGGUAGCUCUCUGGGCUCAUCAGCUGCUUGUCUGGCCUCACUCGCUCGGCUCGGCUCGGCUCGGCUCAGCGCUCUCUCUCUCUGACUGUGUCUCCAGCCAUGAGGAGCUCCGGGAUCCGGGCUGCGCCACUAUGCCGCGGGGUAUGAGCGACGGAGCAACGCAGCGCUGCGAACAGGACAUCCAGGUGUCAGUGGAUUACCAGAGCGCCGGGAGGACAGCUGGCGUCCCCCACUUCCGUCCAUGAUCAGGCGGGACAGCACACUUGGCAGAGAUGACAAAACCUGGUGGAGGCAGGAGGCGUCGACAACCCAGCAUCACCUGAAGAACUGGAAGGUGUUGUUAUGGGUGGUGGCGUCGUUGCUGACACUGGUGGAAGAUGUGUUUUCUGAGGACAGUAAAGAGGCUCAGUCGGACAUCCAGCGUGUCCUCAGGCAGCCCUCCUGGUCUCCUGCAGAGGACCUGGAACAGGACAGCAGUGCCCACAUUCCCUGGCCUGAUGCCUUUGAAGAAUUGUCACUGUUGAAGGAUAGAUGGCGGCGCUCCCCCCGUGAACCAAACUUGCCCAGAACAUCAAGGAGGAACCGCAAGAAGACCAAAAGCAGCCGUGACUGCCAUUUGGAGAGGAAGGAGAUGCGGGUGCGGGAUCUUGGCCUCGGUUAUGACUCAGAUGAGAUAAUCCUCUUUAAAUACUGUGUUGGCACAUGCCACAGCUCCCGCAGGAACUAUGACCUGGCCCUCAAGACUCUGAUGGACAAUGGGAGCAUCUCCGGAAAAAAGGUCAGCGGUCACCCCUGCUGUCGGCCUACCCGCUAUGAGACCGUGUCCUUUAUGGACACCCAGACUACAUGGCAGACAAUUAAGUGGCUCUCUGCAGCCAACUGCAGCUGUGUGGGCUGACUGCAAAGAGGAGUGUCUAUC